AUGGCUCGGACUAUGCAGACGACCCUCGAUCCGGAUUACAGAAGCAAGGGCUCAGGCGACCAAACGCCUGAGGGAGAAGCGUCUGGUCAGAGAAACCAGACGGCUCUGGAGAGAUCCCCUCCGCGUGCCCCUUCAACUCCCGCAGAUUCCUUUUUGGAAGAAUGCGACCAAGACGGCGAUGAAGCCGUCUCAGCUCCUUUAUCACAAAAUGAGGAGGAGACGGAGAGCGACAGCUCCGCCUCCACUUCUGAGAGCAGUGACGACUUGCCACCGCUUGAGGAUAGCGAGGAGGAGGAGAGGAAGAAGUGGAAAGAAGCUCUGAACAUGUUGCCGACUGAGAAGACACCCAAGCGGUCCUCUGCCACCAUCCGCAAGGAGCUUGCGAAAAAACAGGCGGCCGCGGUCAGGGCCAAGGGAGGAGAGGUAGGGAAGACGUUUGAGAAAGAUCUCAAACGGGCCAGGGAGGAAUCCGCCUCCACCCCCAACAAGACCAAAAAUUCCAACUCCGCCAUGACUCCUGGCGCCUCAGCCGGGAAAAAUCAGAUGCGGAUAGGGGGGCGAAAUGAGAGGGCUCUGCUACGGGUAGACGGGCUCAAGCGUCCUUAUACCCGCAAACGGGAAGAGGUAAAAAGGGCCAAGAAGUCUGCCACAGACGCUGAUAAUGUUGCUUUAUACUUCACUAUCGUAAAUGAACUUGAAACUAAAGCAAUCAUCAUGACACAAGCGUCGAAAAUUCAGAAGCUGGAGGCGGAUCUGAAGACGGCCAACCAGCGGGUGGGCGACGCAGAGACGGCUCAGAAGAAGGCGGAGGAGGCUCAGAAGCAGGCGGAUGAGGGCCUCAAGAAAGCUGAUGAGGCGCUCAAGAAGGCCCAGGCGGACCUUAGCACACUCCAAGGUGUUUCUGAAGAGAACACCAACUUGAAAACCAAGGUUCAGAAGCUGGAGAAGGAGGCUGCCCAGGCUCAGAUAAACUUUGCAGCAACUCUCGAGGCAGAGCAAAACCGCCUGGUUGCUGAAAGCGAUGCUGACAACUAUGCCAGAAUGAAGAUCGCCUGGGCUGCCUUGUACCCAGACAAGGAGUAUGGCGUCCAAGCACUGGCUCACAGGUACGCCGAAGACGUGGUGUACUUGAGGGAGAAAGGUGAGCCAGAGCCUAAGUCCUUCGACGCCUGGGCCAACGCCAACACUGAGCUUCCCGCGCUUGAGCUACCCGGUCCUGGUGAAGCGCAUGAGAUUCCAUCAGAUGAUGAGGAAGAGGACCAGGAGGAGCCGCCUGCGGGCCAGAAGUAA